AUGGGUGGUCGUAGGUCGCAUACCAAAUCGCGGAAUGGUUGCACCCAGUGUAAAUCGCGGCGCAUCAAAUGCGAUGAACAACCUCCACAAUGUUCCAAUUGCGCCCGCAGAGGCAUCGCCUGUGACCUGGCCCAUCGAACACUCUUAUCAAGAUCCACAUCGUCCGCGACGAUAGCCUCACUGUCUCCGCAACUAUCAACGACUACAACGCAUUCCAUUCUCUCGCGUUCUCCAACUGCAUCUUUCAUCGGGCCAUCUGCAAACGGCUCCACCAUCCCAAGUAACACAGGCCUGGAUGUAAUCGACCUCGAACUCCUCCACCACUACACUACCUUCACCUACAAAACGCUCCCAUCAGGCGCGACCCCCGACCAGCACGAGAUAUGGCAGAUACAGGUCGUCCAGCUAGGAUUCCAACAUGAAUUCCUCUUGCGUGGCAUCCUCGCAGCUGCUGCCCUGCACCUCUCCUACCUACUCCCUCAGCGGCGGGAAUCACUAGCUCUUCGAGCAUCCACCCACCAAAGCAUAGCCGUGCAGUCCUUCCAUGAGGCGUUGAACCGCGUCGACCCAUCAAACUGCGUGGCCAUCUUCGCAUUCUCCUGCAUCCUCGUCGCGCUCACUUUUGCCGCGCCCACGAACCCAGCUGUGCCGCGCGACCAGGGGGGAUACCAAGGCGCCCAAAAGGAGAUUCUCGACUGGUUUCACAUGGUCCGCGGCUGCAACUCGGUCCUGCAGACGCAGUGGGAGACUUUGUCCCAGAGCUUCCUGGCACCCUUGCUAAAUAAGGCUAUGACCCAGCAAACUGCCCCGUCUCAUAACGUGCACGACUCAGACCGCGUGACGGACCUGCUCCGCCUUUGUUCCAGCGAACGCCUCGCAGCGGAUAGAGAGACGGCCAAUGCGUACGCGCUCGCGAUACACCAGCUGCUCAAUGCCUAUACGCAGGUAUCCAUCCUGACCGAGCGCAAGCAGGAUUUUGUCCCCGCCAUCUUCGUGUGGCCGAUAGCGAUUCCGCAGACAUAUCUGAAGCUAUUAGGCGAGCGCAAGCCGGAGGCUAUGGUGAUUCUGGCGCACUAUUCGGCACUACUACAGCGGUUGGAUGACCAAUGGUUUAUGAAAGGUUGGGCACGGUACUUGGUGAAGCAGAUUGAAACGGCGCUGGGGGGAGAGUGGCAGCCGUGGUUGUGCUGGCCGAAGGAAGUGACAGGAAUAUAG